UUUAAAGAGUUGGCCCAAGCUUAUGAGGUCUUGAGUGAUCCUGAGAAGAGGGAGAUUUAUGAUCAGUACGGUGAAGAUGCUCUCAAGGAAGGAAUGGGCGGUGCAGCCCAUGAUCCUUUUGAUAUUUUCCAAUCUUUCUUUGGUGGAAACCCUUUUGGAGCCGGUGGGGGCAGCCGUGGACGCAGGCAGAGGAGAGGGGAGGACGUUGUUCAACCACUGAAAGUCUCCCUGGAAGAACUGUACAAUGGUACUUCCAAAAAGCUCUCUCUUUCACGAAACGUACUGUGCUCGAAAUGCAAAGGAAAGGGAUCUAAAUCCGGCGCAUCGAUGAAAUGUCCGGGCUGUCAGGGCUCGGGCAUGAAGGUUUCGAUUCGCCAUCUUGGUCCAUCCAUGAUCCAACAAAUGCAGCACCCAUGCAACGAGUGCAAAGGCACCGGUGAGACCAUCAGCGACAAAGACCGCUGCCCUCAAUGCAGGGGUGAGAAGGUUGUGCAUGAUAAGAGGGUUCUCGAAGUCGUCGUUGAGAAGGGCAUGCAAAAUAAGCAAAAGAUCACCUUUCCCGGAGAGGCCGACGAAGCUCCCGACUACAUCACCGGAGACAUUGUAUUCAUCCUGCAACAAAAGGACCACCCCAAGUUCAAAAGAAAGGGCGAUGAUCUCUUCUUCGAGCACACUCUGCCGCUAACCGAAGCCCUAUGCGGCUUCCAGUUCGCACUAACACAUCUUGACGGCAGACAGCUGCUCAUUAAAUCAAACCCCGGCGAAGUUGUCAAGCCAGAUCAAUUCAAAGCGAUCAACGAUGAGGGCAUGCCGAUGUAUCAGAGGCCUUUCAUGAGAGGCAAAUUGUUCAUUCACUUCACUGUAGAAUUCCCGGAUUCGUUGAGUGCAGAGCAGUGCAAGGCCGUUGAGUCUGUGCUGCCGUUGAGGAUGCAGUCGCAGCUGACGGACAUGGAGCUUGACGAGUGCGAGGAGACAACACUGCACGAUGUAAACAUGGAGGAGGAGAUGAUGAGGAAGCAAGCUCAACAGGCGCAGGAAGCCUAUGAGGAAGAUGAGGAAAUGCAUGGGGGCGCUCAGAGAGUGCAGUGCGCUCAGCAGUAAAGGGAGCCUCGAAACAUUUUAGAUUAUUAUAUAUAUUAACCGAGUUUUACCAUAUAUAUAUAUCAACUCGAGUUUUUUAGUUCGGUUUUAGGCGUGUAGCGGCAGUUCUACUUGCUUCGCAUUUGUGUUUUUGUCGGAUCAUGUGUUGUGUCAGGGGGGAUAAUGUCCCACUCUAGUUGGGCUUUAAUUGGUCAUUUAUUUCGGGUAAAUCUGCAUAUUUCUUAAUA